AUGUCUGCGGCUGAGCGGAAGCUGCGCGGGUUAAAAAACCGCAAACGCAGUAUCAUCACAUCAGUUGCUUCGAUUCGGACCUUUGUCGCCAAUUACGAAGCUGAGAGAGACAAAUGCGAAGUACCUGUGCGGCUGGAAAACCUGAUGGAGCUGUGGAAGGAGUUCAACACAGUGCAAGCCGAGUUAGAAAUGAUAGAGGAGGACAACGAAGUGCUGGAUGCUUAUCUUAAGGAGCGCACGGAGUUCGAGCGGGCUUACUACCGUGUAAAAGGUACGCUAGUUUUGUUAAACCAGUCUAAUUCGCCUACCGUGGCCCGAAAUAGUAUUGGAUCGUCGAAUGACAAUGCAGGUCAAACCCAUAUCAAGUUGCCGGACAUUAAGCUUCCAGUAUUCAGCGGGGAGUACGAAAACUGUAUGGAAUGCUUUUGGACAAUUGAGGAUGAUGCAGCAGUCGCUUAUUCGCCGGUGGAAGCGUUUUGUGAGAAAUUCUUUCGCGAUACUACGGUCCGUAAUGAAGAUGGAAGGUACGUGGUGCGAAUUCCUUUCAAGGAGGACGCUUUGGAAACAUUGGGAACCAAUCGGCAAACAGCUCUCCGUCGAUUUCAGCUGAUUGAAGGUCGACUCCAGCGAGAUCCGAAUUUGGAGGCUGAAUAUCGGAAGUUCAUGGGCGAAUACGAGAAACUGGGACACAUGAAGCGCGUCAGUGAGACGGAAGCAGCGUCUGAACCUGCGUAUUUUCUCCCGCAUCAUCCAAUCAUUCGCGAAGACAGCAGCACCACCAAAUUUCGCGUCGUUUUCGACGCUUCAUGCAAGAGCUCAACAGAAGUUUCCUUGAACGAUGUCAUGCUUGUGGGGCCGGUCGUGCAAGAGGAUCUACGGUCAAUUACCAUGCGAGUUCGUCUGCAUCCAAUCAUGCUGAUCUCUGAUGUCGCUAAAAUGUACCGACAAAUCUCUCUCUUCCCCGAAGACUGUCGAUUCCAUUUGAUUUUCUGGCGUAGUUCACCGUCCGAGACCGUGCAGAUUUACCAAUUGCAGACCGUAACGUAUGGAACUGCUUCCGCUCCGUACCUCGCAACUCGAGUUCUACAACAGCUUGCUCAGGAGGAAAGGGAUAACUACCCGCUGGCAGCUAAGGCAACCUGUGAAGACUUUAACGUCGAUGACUUCUUUUCCGGAGCAAAUUCAGUCGCUAACGCAGUCAACCUGCGGAAGCAGAUGGAUGCAAUGUUUAAUAGUGCUGGAAUGCAGCUGCGCAAAUGGACAAGCAACGCUCCAGAGACGCUAGAGGGAGUUCCAAACGACAAUCGUGCCAUGCAAUCAUCAGUGGAUUUUGAUAAGGACCAGUCAAUCAAGACGUUAGGUUUGCAUUGGGAACCCAACUCAGACCAGCUAAAAUACGUCGUACCGGAAGUAACCAUUGAUCCAGCUUCUCCUGUCACCAAACGGUCAGCGCUCUCUUGCAUCGCAAAGUUGUUCGACCCACUUGGUUUAGUUGGGCCAGUAGUAGUUUGCGCAAAAAUGUUCAUGCAGACGUUGUGGGGAUUAAAGGACGAAAACGGAAACCAGUAUGACUGGGACAAGGACUUGCCAGAGGAAAUAAAGAAAAGGUGGAUCGAUUAUUACACCGAACUUCCACAGCUGAACACUCUUCGAAUCGAACGGUUCGUCGUGCUUCGCGAUGCAACAUCUCUAGAACUACAUUUUUUCUCCGAUGCAUCAAUCGCUGCCUACGGAUCGUGUAUCUACAUACAGUCUUCAAACUCGUCAGGCGAUGUGAAGGUUUCGCUUUUAACGUCUCGCUCAAAGGACGCUCCACUGAAACAGCAGAGUUUUCCGCGACUGGAACUCUGCGGCGCUCUGUUAUCUGCCGAACUUUAUGAAAAAGUAUCUGCAGCCCUGCGUUUCACCUCGAAGGCAUACUUUUGGGUGGAUUCGACCACCGUUUUGAGUUGGCUCAAGGCCACGCCGUCAACCUGGUCGACAACCAUUCCUGGUAAGCAGUCCCGGAAUGCAUGGUUCAACAAGAAGUGCCGGUGGCAGAAGACCAGCAGGGUGGGUCUAAGGCCAGUCUCCGUCUGGGACCGGGAUCAAACAGUUCCAACACAAACGUCGUCCCUUACCCAGAGUACGUUCAUAUCGAAAAUCGAUUAA